CGCGUGUUUAUCGAGAUAUCAACGGCGACACGGUAUAAGAUAUAAGGGGGCUGGCGGACGGCAGCCAGUGUUGUGCCGGAUCGUGGGCUACGCUGAUUUAGAGGCGGUUGCUGCGGUUCUUAUCGGUAGAGGCAGUGUGCAUCGUUCGAACGAGACAGGCGAAAUGCGGAUCUGGCUGCUGCUGACCAUUUUCCUGGUCGUCUCGGUGCUGGCGACCGAGACGUCCGCCAAGAAACGCGGCAAGGAGGUGGAGUCGAAGGCCGGCCACGAGAAGAAGAAGAGGGACGUGGCGUAUGCUAAGGACGGGAAAUCGAAGGAGUCGAAGAAGAGAAAGAGCAGCUCGUCCGAGGGCAACGAAGCCGAGGCGUACUCGGAGAGUAACGCGGGGAACGUAGAAUCUUCCGGCAAAGGGUACAAGUCGAAGAAUAAGAAGCUGAAGGAGAAGGAGAACGUCGAUCCCAAGAGGAACGGCGAGGUUGGCAAGGGCAAAAAGGAGAAAUCCGGCAAGUAUUCGAAGGAGGCGCAGGAUGCUCAUCAGACGGAUUCGAAGAAGAACCUGAAGGAGAAAAAGACGAAGGACAAGGUUGAUCUCGAGGAGCAGGCCGACGCGGAGAACAAGAAACCGAAGGUGGAGGGUAAGAAGCCAGGAAAGAACGAGAAGCAGGCGAAGGAGGGCAAGAAGAAGCUGCAGGAGAAGAAGAAGAAGAAGGAAACGGUCGAGGAACUCGAGGAGGAGCCUCUGGAAGCAGAGGUUGAACCUGAGGCGAAGCUUCCGGCGAAGAAGGAUAAGAAGAAGGGUGGCAAGAGUCAGGAGGGAAAGAGCAGGAAGAAACGGGAAGCGAAGCCGGAAGCGAAGCCGGAACCGGAGCAAGCGGAAGAAGAGGCAGUCCCCGAAGAGGAGCAGGAAGUCCCCGUGAACGCGGAAGAGGAAGUUGAAGCGGGAGAAGAAGCGCGAAGCUGUCGGAAACCGGACGAACUCGACAGCGAAGAAUCGGACGGCGUUGCGGAAUGCGAGCAAGCGUGACGGUCCAACCUGUAAAUACUUGCGUCAUCUUCGAGUAUCGCAUUCUAUCACCGUGUAAUCGCUCGUUUGGUCGAUGCCAAGAUAUCGAUCUUUCCAGUAUAUGUUUUUCUGUAAGCCGUGUGUCAGUUGUUGUCGUCGCGCAAGAGACUGACGUAUCGUUCGCGAGGUCAUCAGCUGAUCGGGAUAAGACGCGUUUCGCAUUAAAGAAAUUUCAAUCGUUUAUUCGAUCGAUGUCCGCGCCGAGUCGCAAACACGGACCGAUGUUGUUACACUCUUUAUGUACAAACAAUGAUUCUCUCGAUGAUGUGGACGAAGUUCUUAACGUUAACAGCCUUUGGAAGAAGGGAACCGUAUAAACACGCCUAACAGCUCUCCCGCGAAAUGUACGAUAGACACACGCUUCGAGGAAUAAAUAUUUCAGUAAAUCAUC